AUGUUUUCAGACAACAGGUGUUCGAUCUCGCUUGACUUUGAUGAUGUAACAUUUGAGCACUUUGAUGCGGAUGCCCUUGGCAUACUCCCAGAUUUCGACCUUUCCGACUACCCAAGCGCAAAUUGGCUGGACUUGAUAAACUUGACGGUAGAAACUCGACCGCCCCAAGAAACCCGCGCUUUAUCUACAAACAGCCAUGAGUAUUCGUUUCCUUUCCUGGAUAGCUUCACAAGUCGAACUGGGUUCGUCUCUUCCUUUGAUUGUGGAUCCUUGAUCCAGAGACAAGGAGUUCUAGUAGCAGUCCUUCGGUCUUUAGCCAAGGGUGAACCGGCCCUUUCGCAAUUGGUGCCAGGGCAUCUGGAUUUUGGAACAGGGCAUUCAAAAGAUGCUACACCACUGGCUACAAUUCCACUGUUACAAUCUUCGUGGCCCUACGACCCUCUCUCGUUGAAGACGAGUGAAAUUAUCCUUCUUGUUAAAGAGGUAGUAACGGUGAAGCCACGAAAUAGCGCCGUAACAAUAACGUGGUCACUAGCAUUAGAGGAAAAGUGUUCUGUGUUCUUUUCAUCAACGAAUCUUCGAAAGUUUCUGGAACUCUAUUGGGCGAUCUGGCAUCCUAAUGUUAAUUUUGUGCAUCGACCUACGUUCAAUCCAGCGGGUUGUAAACCUAUCCUGCUUGCGUCGAUGGCGCUGAUUGGGGCUUGCGUUUCACCCGACCCUGCAGAUAACGAAGACGCGAAGACCUGGUUUAAUUGUGUAGAGGAGAUGGUCUUCAUCGAUGAUGACUUCUGUAGCGACACGCUCUCUACUAACACUGCUCCAUUCAAUCCUCCAUGGGAUCGGCGAAAGAUAGAAGCUCUUCAAGCUGCCUAUAUGGUUGUUCUCUACCAGAAUUGGGAAGGCACUGAUGCCAGCAAACGUCGUAUGCGACGAUAUCGCUACAGCAAUGUUGUUUCUGCUGCUAGGGAUAUCAGUAUAGGUAGUGCGAAGCACGCCAACUAUAAUCAACAAACCAAACAGGAAUUCAAUUGGGGUGAGUUUGUGGCUAGAGAAGAACUCAUUAGGACAUUCUUGUGGAUAUUUUUACUUGACCAUGCUUUCACCAUAUUCUACAACCUACCUCCUCGAAUGGUUAUCAAGGAAAUGAAGAUGCACAUGGCAUUCCCGGAAUCUUGCUUCCAAGCGGCCACAGAAGAUGAGUGCUAUGAACAAAUUCAGUCUUGGAUGUUAGGUUUAGGUCGAACUUGCUGCAUUACUCUCCGCACAGCUGUUGAGGAUGCCUGCGAAAAGGUCCUCGUGCAGGACACUCACCGGAACUUAGCACGCCUAGGGCCGCUCAAUUUAUUCGCGAUAGUAUCAGCUCUUCACGCUCUGAUUUUCCAAUAUCAGAACUCCUUUGGCGGAGAGGCCCAAGUAGUAUCAAUUCGGAAUGCUCUAGGUAACUGGAUACGAAUCUGGAAAAUUUACUCUACCGAGCUUUCUAGCACUCCGCCACACGUUCUCAUCAACGACUGCCUUAAUCCGGAAAACAUGUGGAGAAGGGUUGGAUUCUUGCGCAAUUCUCUGGAGUAUUGGUCACUCGCAAGUCUCAUUCUAGAUCGGAUCUCAACCUCGAGUACCAACCAGCGAGAUCAUGGAAUUACAUCGGAUACAAAUCUAAGCCGCCGUACUGCUCUACAGGAUGGACCCGCUUCUCCGAUCCUUGAUAAAUACGACCAGACAAGUAUGCGGCAAGUCAAUGAUCUAAUUGCCGAUUUUCAGAAGGUACAAAUAUGUUAG